AACAGCAACCAUGGACAUAGCGCAUUUCGGUUAUUUUUUUAUCUGGCAUUUAUUUGCUCAUAUCAAUGCAGAAUUGCCUUUAUGUAAAGAGGUAAGAUGAUAACAAUAAUAACUUUCUCCAUGUUUUGCAUUUGUUUAAUAUUGUUCUGCAUGAACAAGGCACACAACUGUAAAACGGUCAUAUAGCAUGUGUGAUAGAAAGACCCUUUUUUGUAAUGUGUUCUCAUUAAAUUUUCAAAGGCAAUUGACUGCAACUUAGCAUAAUAGGUAAGUCUUGUUUUUAGGCCUAUGUUGGAACUCAAAUUGAACAAUAUCAGAUGUAAUAUGUGAGAAUGAGCAAGAAUGAGCCUAUUACUGUAGGGAUAUUAAAGUUUGAAUUUAAUAUUCUGUUUUGUCGUAUUACAGCAUGUAAAAACCCUCUGAAAUACCAUGGCCUUAGCCCACAUACACAUACACACAUUUUCUGUUUGAAGUAGGACAAAAAAAAAAGCUAAGACACAGCUGUGUCUUAAAUAUCCUUGCUUUAAUGUUUUACUUUAAGGUUUCUUAUUAUAUUUUACCUAGAAUAUAUGUCAUUUUCUAAAAGGGUUCCUGAAAUAUAGUUAUUUGGCUGAAAGGGGCUUGUUUAAAAUUCUACAUAAUAGGUGACACAUGUGGGAAAUGAACAUAUGUUUGUGUUCUGCAAUCUAUGGACUAUCAUGACUGCUUGGUUUGGUGAAGUGGGUCUGGACGAUUUCAUCCAUACUUUGAAAAUAAGUAUAGUCGUGAGGAAUCAUUUUGACGUUGAGGUCAAGCCACUAUAUAUGGAUUCACAAACAUUGUUUUAAAAUCAUUGUGUCAACCAAAUAUGGUACUAUACUGUUUUCUACCAGACUUGUAACUCCUAGUUGUAACACCUAAGGUACAAUGCAGUACUUAUCUGGUAACCUCCUUCUAAAUAUUUGCAUUAUAACGGCUGUAUUUGAUAAAAUAGUAGACUUCGUUAUGGCAGAACGUUUAUGGCAGACAGAUACUGUGUCGAGGCUUAUCUGCAUGGUAAUGACGCAAAAGGCACUCUAUGGCAACUCUAGCGCCUGCAUUUCAAGGUGAGUGAGCUUAGAAGUGAAAUGUCAGCAAGCAUAGCGGGCAGCAGCUGCUCCCCCAGGUAAAUGGGUUCUCUGCCACCAGAACUUACUUGACCAUGAGCUGAUCCCAAUGUCCCGUUACCCUGGUUUCCUCAUGUUUGUUAAUAGCAAGCGGUUGGGCUGUGAGCGCAUAUUCCUAUUCUUAUUCCUGUUUUCUAUUCAUAUUGAUCGCUGGCUCCUGGGGACGUGGACCCCUUGGGUAAGGAGAUACCGUGGGCCCAUGCUAAUGAAGCAGCACUGAUCAGAAACACAGAGCUGCCUACUGCUGAUGCAUUUUAGUCAACUAUUAAACUGUUCAUCCCACGUGGUUUGAACUGGCCUUGGGGUAUGGCUUUAAUACCAACAGCAAGGUAAUGCCAGGCUGUCAGUGACAACAUCUUAGCUCAAUCCAUCCGCCUACUCCGCAAUUAUAAAGGAUUCAUACAGUAACAUAAACAUUUUGGGUGGGGUGUUGUUUGUUAAUGAGCCACUGUUACUGCGUCUCAAAGCGGCGUUGUAGUGUUUGUUGUCUCUCCGUGGAACGGCCGCGUUUCUACAACAACUCUGAGGUGACAUGUUGACCAAAGGACUGGUUCACAAACAACAUCUCCCCCUGACUCAUUCAGUAAACCCUGGAGGGAUUUAGGUAGAACAGAUGUCAUUCCUUGAUUAGAGAAUAGAAGAAGGACUUAUCGGGACAACUGGUGAGGCGGCUUUCUUGGUCGGACUACCACUUUGAGUACACAGAGUGUGAUAUGCACCAGUCCAGGUGGAGAGUGGCUGUCCCAAACAAGCUCGAUACGUGUACAGGACUCCCUGAUCCAGUGAAAGGCACCCACUGCACCUUCUCGUGCAUGGACGGGGAGUUCCUGGAGAUGAGCAGCCAGAGCUGCCAGAAGUGCGCGGGGGGGAGCUACUCUCUUGGCACGGGGGUGGCCUUCGAUGAGUGGGACAGUCUGCCGGCAGGCUUCGUCACGCACGGCAUCAGCAUCGACGAUGACUCCCAGACCAACUGCUCCAAGUCCUCGUGGGUUCCCAUGGGGGAUCACAUAGCCUCAAACGUAGAUGAGUGCACCACCACCUUGUCCUUUGCUGUGAACCUCAAGAAAGCCGGAACCGUCUCCUUUGAAUAUCUAUACCCCGACAACAACAUCUACUUUGAGUUCUUCGUUCAGAACGACCAGUGCCAGUCCACGGACACAGAGAGCCGGUUUGUGAAGCUUUCCGACGCCGACUGGAGUCAGUAUAAUGUUAAACUAAACCAAGGCACCAACGUCCUGUACUGGAGAACCACAGCCUACGCUCUGCAGGAAACCUCUGUCAAAUCGGUUCUGUUGAAGAACAUCGCCAUCUCAGGGGUGGCCUACACAUCAGAGUGCUUCCUCUGCAAGCCGGGCACCUACAGUGCUAAGCUAGGGUCCGCGCGCUGUAACCCCUGCCCUGCAGACUCCUACUCCAACAAGGGUGCGACCGUGUGCCACCAGUGUGACACGGACGCAUACGCCGAGGCCGGUUCGGGGAGUUGCAAAGCGAGACCUGCAUGUACAAACAGUGACUACUUCUACACUCACACCCCGUGUGACUACAGCAGACAGACCCAGAUUAUGUACAAGUGGAUGGAGCCAAAGAUCUGCAGUGAGUCUGUCCCUGGAGCUGUCACUCUUCCCGCCUCUGGCCAGCUGACCGCCUGCCCUCCCUGUAACCCGGGCUUCUUCCUCACCAACACCUCCACCUGCCAGCCCUGCUCCGAUGACUUCUACUCCAACGGAACAGAUUGUGCGAAAUGUCCCGCUGGUACGGAGCCUGUGGUCGGCUUUGAGUACAAAUGGUGGAACACCAUGCCCAGCAACAUGGCGAGCUAUGCCUUGCGCCACGAAUAUACCUUCAACAUGGAGGAGAGCACAGGGUGGGAGGUGGCCGGAGACUACAUCUACACCGUGCCAGGAGAGCAGGACUCAGACUUUCUGGUCCUGACACUCAGUGUCCCGGGAUACAGGCUGCCUCCAUCCUCUGCCAAAGACGAGGAAGCGACCGAGCUGUCUCGGAUCACCUUCGUCUUCGAGACAACGUGCACCGCCGACUGCAUGCUGGACUUCCUGGCGGGGUACAGCAAGAUGAAUCAGCACAUUGUGGAGAAGUGGCACGGCACCACGGGCAAGCAGUCCUACUCCUACGUGGUCCAGGACAACAUCACCACCAGCUUCACCUGGGCCUUCCGACGCAUGCAGUCGCAUGGCACGAGGAACCACACGAGCGACGUGGCCAAGAUCUACUCCGUCCUGGUCACCAACGCCGUCGACGGCGUGGCCUCCCGUUGUCGCCAGUGUGCGACGGGGUCGUCGGACCUCUCCGCCUGCGUGCCCUGCCCGCCCGGACACUACAUGGUCAACGGCACGGGCGUGUGUGAGAGCUGCCCACCCAACACCAUCAUCAGGCCCCAGCAGACGGUGGGGAGGGAGGCCUGCGUGCCCUGCGGACCCAACACCUCCACCAACCAGGCCCGCUCAGCCUGCGUCAGCGACUGUACCCUACAUGUGAACAGCGGAGCAGGCCAGCACCUGCUCUACAACUUCUCCUCCCUGGCCAACCUCACAGGCUUCAGGAGCAGCCCCCGCUUCACCAGCCGAGGCCUGCGAUACUUCCAGCACUUCCACCUCGGGCUGUGUGGGAAAGAGGACAGACAGCUGGCCGUGUGUGUGGACAACGUGACGGAGCAGCGGAGGGAGGUGAGAGGCUACGCCUGCCAGUCCAUGGUGGUCCCUUCCGACACCAGGGGCCAGGGACUGGUCUCCUCCCAGCCCUUUGUGAUCGCCGACAUGUUGCUGGGAGUGACCACAGAAAAUUCCCUGGAUCACAUUUCUUCUCUGGAAAACAUGUUCCCUGUGAACAUCGGUCUGCCUGAUGUCAUAUUUUAUUACAGGGCCAGUGAGACAACGCAGGCUUGUAAACAGGGCCGAUCGACCACGAUCAGAAUGAGAUGUGAUCCUACUGUGACAGCCAGCCACCAAAUCUCUCUACCCAGUGCCUGUCCGGAGGGGACGUGCAACGGCUGCUCCUUCCACUUCUUGUGGCGGAGCCAGUUUGCAUGUCCACUCUGCACCUCAGACCACUACAGAGAGAUCGUCAGCGCAUGUGUCCAAGGAAUACAGAGAACGACCUAUGUGUGGCAGCAGCCCCUGCAGUGUUACGCUGGGGUUUCCCUGCCAGCACAGCGAGUCAAUGCCUGCGUGAGCCUGGAUUUCUGGCUUAAGUUUGGUGUUUCCAUGGGAACAGUGGCUGCUUUGCUGCUUAUCGGGGUGAUCUGUUACUUCUGGAAGAGGGCGCGCAAGCUGGAGUUCAAGUACUCCAUGCUGAUGACUGCUGGAGACAAAGAGGAGUGUGAGCUCCCGGCGGCCGACAGCUGUGCCAUCAUGGAGGGGGAGGACGCUGAGGACGACCUCAUCUACCUCACCAAGAAGUCCUUCUUCCACAAGGCCAAGAGAGGUUACUCCAGAGAGAGGACUUCAGAUGGAUUUGAUUCGGUUCCACUGAAGUCAUCUGCAUCGAGCCUGCUGAGAAACGAAGAGGACAUGGAUGAGUGCUGAAUAAGAGAAACAAGCAGAACCUGUUCUUCAGACCACAUUGAGCAGGCUUUGCGUGGGUGGUUUCUAAUAAACGGUAGAGUUGCAUCUCUAGGGGAUGGCUCAAAAAGGUCAAAGAUGAGACAAUCUAAAACAAUGUCACAAUACUUGAGAAAGUGUAGGAUUUUUAUUUUAUUUAUUGUUUUUUUGUGUUUUUCUGCCUGACGAAAUUUGUAUUAUUUCAAAAGAGUGUUACAUGUGCCAAAACCUGUAAUAUCCAACAUAAUAUCUUCAAUACAAAAGUAGACCUAUCUGUAUUGGGGUAUAAUGUACUUUAGAUUUGAUAGACCUCACAUAAACUACACGUUUAUGUUGGACAAUUGUCUCGAACUGUACGUUUAAUGAUUUAAUAUUUGAAAUGUUCACCUAUAGGCCGACUGUGAAGAUGUCGGUAGUCCUAUGUGUGAUAUAGUGUUUUAGAUUCGGCUAUGACAUCCUAUCUGCCUUUGAUACAAUGUUGUAACCGUUUUUUUUUUAAGUUUCCAUUAUUUGUAUUUUAUGAACCAUAAAAAUUGUCUUUAUAAAAAACUGAAUGUCCUUCCUCAUACAUGUCAUCUCAAUUGUUUCCUCGUUCCAAUUCACCUUGUAGGCUGUUUUAUGAGUACAUGUUAAUUAGGCCUACUUUUUUUACACGGCUCCAUGAAUCAUUAGUCGAAGCCAAUAAUUAACAUGUAUUUUUAACUAUUGUGAUUAACCAAACAAU